AUGGCCACUAGAGUGAUCCUGGAAGUCCAGCAAGACCUGUUAAGCAAAGGGCACAAAUUUGUUCUCACAAGUCGAUUUACACAGGACUGCCUGGAGAACACCUUUUCUUGCAUUCGUCAGAGGAACCCUGUCCCAACACCAGCAGAGUUCCACUACGCACUGCGAGCUGUCACUGUUGGACAGUUCCUCACCACAAUACCUACCGGCAAUUACUUUGAUGACGGAUCUGACCAUUUGGCAGACUUCCUGGAUUCAAAAAGAAGCAGCUGCAGUCCUCCUCCAGUGGUGCGUCUGGAGCAGCUGGAUGAUGCAGCAUCACCACCUGACUUCACAAAAACAGAGUCCUGUGUCCUCUACCACCUGGCAGGAUACAUUGUGAAGAGGGUCAUCAGCUGCUCACUUUGUGAGGAAUGCCAGAGCUCCCUAACAGAAAGUGAAAAUGCAAGUGGGAGAGAUGUUCUUCUCAGAUUGAAGGAGUUUAAAAGGGGGGCACUAUACCGGCCAUCUGAUGAGGUUUUCACUCUCAUUCAGAGUGUGGAGCAGCUGUUCCAGGCGACCUCAGUUGACUCACUCAUGGAAUCAACCAAUGCAGUGGCAAUGCUGGAACAAGCGGCAAUGAAACUUGACAGCAACCUUCCCUCAUGCCAUGAGCUGCAGAAAAAAAUUCUCACCAGAUACAUCCGGCUGAGGUUGAGAAUUGCCUCUAAGUUCAUCUCCGCUGCAAAAAAGAGACACACAGGGAGGGUGCUUUAG